CGCGUUGGCAGUUUCCUAAACACAGCGCGUCACUCCGGGUGGGUCAGAGCAGCGGCAGACUGUGUGUUGGACUGGAUGUGUGUUCCCGGCUGGAGGACGUCAACCCGCUGAGACUGAAGACAGUUAGACACGUUUGGACAUGAGCAGGUUGCCCUGACAUGGACACAGAGAUGAUUCCCAAAUUUUUGACAAAGGACGAGGAAGUUGAUUACUGGAAGUCACAAGCCCUCAAAUACAAGAAAAGUUGCCUCAAUGCACAGGAGGAACUGCAGGAGUUCCAGGAGGGAAGCCGGGAACUGGAGGCUGAGUUGGAAGCACAGCUUAGCCAGGCAGAGCACCGCCUACGAGACCUGCAAAUCGAAAACGAAAGACUGAGGAAUGAGAUGGCCAACAUCAAGGAGAAGCUGGAGCAGCAGUACGCCCAGAGUUAUAAGCAGAUUUCGAUGCUAGAGGAUGAUCUGGGUCAGACCCGCAGCAUCAAGGAGCAGCUCCACAAAUACGUCCGGGAGCUGGAGCAGGCCAACGACGAUCUGGAGAGAGCCAAAAGGGCUACAAUAGUGUCCCUCGAGGACUUCGAGGGCCGUUUAAACCAGGCCAUUGAGAGAAAUGCCUUCCUGGAGAGUGAGCUGGAUGAGAAGGAGUCCCUUCUUGAAUCUGUGCAGCGACUGAAAGAUGAAGCACGAGACCUGAGACAGGAGCUUGCAGUCCGGGAGCGGACCACGGACAGGAUGUCAGCACCCAGCUCGCCCACAUUGGACAUUGACAAGAUAGAUUCUGCAGUACAGGCCUCUCUGUCCCUCCCAGCCACACCUAUAGGAAAGAGCAUAGAGCAUCCUUUCAUCAGCCCAAAAGCUUUGACCAAUGGCUGUGGCAGCUCCUCCCUCACUCCCUCUGCUCGAAUCUCGGCUCUGAACAUAGUCGGUGAUCUCCUGAGAAAAGUCGGCGCAUUGGAGUCCAAACUCGCCGCAUGUAGGAACUUUGCCAAAGACCAGGCGGCGAGGAAAAAUUUCUCCACCGACAACAGCACGGUCAUCAACGGCAACACCACCAAAUUCCCUCACUCUCUACAUACCUCGUACAAAACAACUGUAAAUGGACUCGACCCUAGCUCUUUGAAUUCCAUGGCAGCGUCCAGAGCUGUGUCUCCCCCGGGCAUGCUGCCUCUGAGCGUGUGAGGCAUCCCAGACUCUACUCAAACUCCUUUCCGCCCGACACAACUUGGGAACAGAGAGGACACUUGAAAGACCAUGACAUUGUGUGUUUGUGUGUAUGUGUGCGAGUGCGAUUGACAGGAAGGUGUGUGUGUGUGUGUGUGUGUGUUUGCUUGUAUGGGGAUUGUGCAUUUUUGAACUUGACGUAUGGAAGUGAGGCUUUGACUAUACAAUUAACCUGCCUCCAGUUUGCAGCUCUAAAUGCAUCUGUGAGUAGGUGCAUACGUUCCUACCCACUUGCAUGUGCCUAAAGCUGUGCUGUUCUGUGCUCAUAUGAAUGUGUUGCUCUUAACUCUGCAGUGGUUAUGAUUUAAACUCUCCACUGUUCCUCUGAAAACUAUUAUCCCCGACAAAAAGUCCUUAACAGACUACAGCUUCAUCUUAACCUUAUUUUGUCCCUAUAUUUUCCAAUUAAAUUGCACAGGUAAACUAAUAUUAAUUUAGAAUGUAUUAUAUUUAAAAAAAAACAAAAAAAAAAGACAAAAAAGGGAUGUGUUUAUGAAAUUAAUUUAUCUCACAGGAUGCUUUAAAAUGCAAUUUUCCUGCAUGUGUGCAUAUUUAAAAUGGGGUUUUGAGGGGCGUCGUUAAACCCCACGUUAAUGACUGAAGUGAAUGUUGAUCGUUCAAAGCCAUGUAUUAUAGUGCAGUCUUUCCUCGUGUUACUGGCUACUGGUAAAUCCAUAUGGGAGUAGUCUCCCUGCCUGGUUCUGUGCUUUCUCACAGGAGUCGCUGCAGUUGAGAGUUUCCUCAUCAACUGAGGGAAGAACUGUUUUGCCUUUUGUUUUAAAUGUGUGUACUGACGUUGUUUAGUUUGUGUCGAGUAUUGUGACGGGCUCGUUGACCUCGUCCUGAUGUAAAGGCACAGUGGAAUUGAAAUACGAGUAAGGUGAAUGCAAAACGAAACUGACACAAGGGUUCUUUUUGAGGACUUUGGUUCAUGUGAGUUGAUGGGAAAGUUAAGCCUUUGUGUCAUGCAGCAGGUUUUCUACUUACCUGUUAAUUUGACUUUUUUUUUCUUUUUUUUUUUUUUUUUACCAGAUAUUGGUUAAUUUAAUAAACCAGAUUUUUUUUUUUGCCUGAA